AUGUCUAUCCAAUUUUCACGGACCCUUCCUAGGGCCAUUUCAAUAAGAUCAUAUGGCACUGUUCAGUCCUCUCACACGGCUGCCUCCUUUGCGAGCAAGAUUCCUCCUGCUCUCCGAGAAGCAACCGCGGCCACUGCCCCGCGCACCAACUGGACCCGAGAUGAGAUCCAGCAGAUUUACGAGACGCCCUUGAACCAAUUAACCUAUGCUGCCGCAGCUGUCCACCGUCGUUUCCAUGACCCAAGUGCGAUCCAAAUGUGUACGCUCAUGAACAUCAAGACCGGCGGAUGCAGUGAAGAUUGCUCCUACUGUGCCCAAUCAUCUCGAUACAGUACUGGUCUCAAGGCCACAAAAAUGAGUCCUGUUGACGACGUUCUCAAGGCCGCUAGAAUCGCCAAAGCGAACGGUAGUACCCGUUUCUGCAUGGGAGCCGCCUGGCGUGACAUGAGAGGCCGCAAGACUAGUUUGAAGAACGUCAAGCAGAUGGUUUCCGGCGUCCGAGAGAUGGGAAUGGAAGUCUGUGUAACACUGGGCAUGAUCGAUGAGAACCAAGCGAAGGAGCUGAAGGACGCAGGCCUGACAGCAUACAACCACAACCUGGACACCUCCCGCGAGUUUUACCCCAGCAUCAUCACAACCCGAUCGUACGAUGAGCGUCUACAAACCCUGUCACACGUACGGGAUGCCGGUAUCAACGUCUGCUCUGGUGGUAUCCUAGGUCUAGGAGAGGCGGACUCUGACCGUAUCGGUCUCCUUCACACUGUUUCCUCGCUACCCUCGCACCCAGAGUCUUUCCCGGUGAACGCCCUAGUCCCCAUCAAAGGUACUCCACUUGGAGACCGGAAGGUGAUCCCCUUUGAUAAGCUCCUGCGCACUGUCGCAACGGCCCGAAUCGUCCUUCCCGCCACGAUUGUCCGUCUCGCUGCCGGCCGCAUCUCUCUUACAGAGGAACAGCAGGUCCAAUGCUUCAUGGCAGGUGCCAAUGCCGUGUUUACGGGCGAGAAGAUGCUGACGACUGACUGCAACGGAUGGGACGAAGAUCGCGUGAUGUUCGAGCGAUGGGGCUUCUACCCCAUGCGCAGCUUCGAGAAGGAGACCAGCGCCGUCACCCCGCAGCAGGAAGUCGAGCCUGUCGCACAGGAGUCCGAGAAGGUAUUAUCAGCUGCGCCGGCCGCGAGCGCCUUAUGA